AAUGUAUUGUAGAGAAUAUAUUAAAUAAUUAUAAAUAUUUUUUUUUGCCAAAGGUGUUACAUUUAUCCCGCAAUUUAGAUAUUUACGUUUAAAAGAUAAUUGAUGAAAUAGACAGUAGAUUCAUUCACGAUUUUUAUAUUUCAUAGUCUCAAACUGUUUGGAGAUUAAUGUUUUUCUGACGUCACGGACCAGCUUGCAGCCAUAAAAAAUACGUUGAUAAAUUUAUAAAUAUAUUAACUUUCUGACAUUUGCUGUUGUCUAUAGACAAUGUACUCUAAUUCAAAUACACAAAAAAGAGCGUUAGAGUUUGGAGGCAAUCAACAAGGUUGGGGCACUGGCAGUAAUGGUGAUGGAGCUUCAGCAGACAAUGGUGAUCGGAGGAAGAAAAGAAGAAGUCGUUGGGGAGCAGAAGAUGUACAAGACAAAACCGUGAUUCCAGGCAUGCCUACUAUCCUUCCAUGUAACCUCUCUAAAGAACAAGAAAGACAGUACCUUUUGCACCUACAGAUAGAGGAGAUAAGUCGGCGCUUACGGACGGGUGAUCUAGGCAUUCCACCUAAUCAAGAAGACAGGUCCCCAUCUCCUGAACCUAUCUACAAUAAUGAGGGUAAACGUCUCAACACAAGGGAAUACAGAACAAGGAAAAAGUUGGAGGAAGACCGUCACAGACUUGUACAAGAAGCCAUGGGUUUGAAUACAGAUUAUAAACCACCUGCAGAUUACAAGGUUAUAAUUACUGGUGCAAAAAUUAUUAUUAGAGGGAAAGGUUCAGUGAAAGAUGGUAAGAUAGGUCGUAAAGAUGGUCAGCCAUUACCUGGUGAGGAUGAACCUUUACAUGCAUAUGUGACAGCUAAUAAUCCAGAAAAUGUGAAGAAAGCUGUAGAAAAGGUAUCUAUGCUUAUUGUACUUAUUGCUUUGUUGGCUUAUAAUUAUCUCUCCCAAAAUAUUUGGGAGACAUAUGUUUUCCCUUCGCCUCUGUCUGUCCAUCCCUCCAUACGCCCGCCCGCACUACCGAAUGGGGAUAGGAGGCCAUCUAACUGUAAACAGAAAAAAAGAGAACAAUAGAGUUCUUUCAGUAAC